GCCAGGAUCCGAUAUUUGCACAAUACGAACAGUGACUGGUGACGAGUACUCGUUCCAAUCCCCAAAUGCUGAGGACGUCAAAGAUCUGGUGUCAUCAUUUAUUGGAGGACUUAAGGAAAGAAGUAAAUAUGUGGUCGCUACAAAGCCGCAAAAAGGAGAUGACCUCACGAAUCUUCUGGAAUUUGAAUGUGGAGAUCUUCUGAUGUUGUUGGGUAAAACAACGGGUAAAGAUCUUCUGAAGGAGAAGCAUGUCAAGGGAGAAUGUGCUAGGACAUGCUUACAAGGAAUGACCCUCAUGGGCUGCCGUUUGGGCAGUUACCUAUUGAGGUCUUCCAUUCAUGCCCACGUAAAAAGUCCAACAACCAAUUACUGGGCCUUGCAUUAUUGUGCCAGUAACGCUUUCUAA